UCCUACCUUCCUGAUAGUGAGGGACUUUUCUGAAUUUUCUCUAUUCUCAGUGAUCGUAAUUUCCUUUUUUUAUAAAAUUAAAUUAAAGAAAAAAAAAUAUUAAAAAUACACGCAGUGAAAAUUGAAAACUAAUUUUAGUGAUAAUACCAAAAAAAAGGGUAGAAAUAUUUCCCCCUCUCUUAUUUUCUCAUUAUUUUCGCACAAAUGUAAUUCAAGUUGUCACUUUCAAAAAUUCUUCAAAACAUCUUUACAAAAAAAAAAGAAAACAAAGUCGAAAUAAAUUUUUGAAAAUUUAUUUCUUCUCUGUUUUGAAAAAUAAGGAGAGAAAUGGGAAGUAGUGGGCAACUUUAUAGCCUCUCGUGGGGUGAAUUCGGAUCAUCCUUGGCCUCUGCUGUUCAAAUUUUCCAAGGUCAUGGUGAUUUAGUCGAUGUUACUUUAGCAGCAGGUGGACGAAGUUUUGCUGCUCAUAAAAUUGUCCUUUCGGCUGCGAGUCCAUUUCUUCUCAAAUUAUUGAAGAGUACGCCUUGUGAACAUCCUGUCGUAAUGUUGGCAGGAAUCGGCGCCGAGGAUUUAGAAACAAUUCUUGAAUUUGUUUAUCGAGGAGAAGUUAGAGUUGAACCUUCACAAUUGCCUUCUCUGCUACAAGCAGCCAAUUGUUUAAAUAUUCACGGAUUAACACCUCCAACGAUAGUACCUGACAAAGUAGAGGAAAAAGAACCAUCAACAAAUGUCAAUGAAAAAACAGAAGAAAUAACAUCGCCCUCAGUUUCGAGUAGAAAACGAAAAAGAAAACGAAAACAAACAUCGUCGUCGUCGUCAACAACAACGACAACAGCAACAACAGCAACGACGACAACAGAGAAAAUACGUAAAAUUGAAACAAGCGAUCGAGAAAUGAGGUAUUUGGAACGUGCAAACAAUAGAAAUAAUGAAUAUAAUCGCAAGAAUCAAGAGACAUCGGAUGAUGGUAAAAAUCUAUUUUUAUUUUCAGGAAUGGAUCAUCGUGACUCAGAAUUAAAUCGUGGUCCAUCGCCAUCAUCGCUAGUUCGCCCCGUGCCAAUGAGUGAAAAUCUCCAUCAAGAAUCAACAUCCGACUCGGAACCGCCUCUACUUCACACUCUAAUGCCAAUGCAACCAUAUUCACCACUUCAUAUACCACAAUUUCCCGCAUCGCUUGGCAUUGGUUUCCCGCCAAUUUCCUGUGUCACACAAAAUCAAAGUGCAAUGAUCGCAGCAGCGGCCGCGGCAGCCUCCUCGCUCCAAACGACGAGCGGCAAAAUACGUGGCGCCUCAGAUUGUCCGGGUGUUUGUCCAUUGUGCGGGGCAACAUUGCGACAGGCGAGAAAUCUGCGAAGACAUUUAUUGUCCUCGUGUAAAUAUAGACUCAAUAGUUUCGCGGGUUUAAGAAGUCAUUCGCCAUCCGAUUCAAUGAUGAUUGAAGUUAAGCCGGAGAUGGACGUGUCGAAUUAUUCAUCGACACAGGACAAUAGUAAUUGUGAGCAAAUUGUUUGUAAACCGAGUCUUCCAUCGCCUUCGACGCACGUCUCGCCACAUAGAAGUCUAUCGUCGCCGACGAUCGCCAGAUGAAAAUGAUAAUUAGCUAAUAAUAAUAAUUGAAAAUCAAUUGAGCUUCGAUCAAUGGUAAGAAAUUGUAAAUUUCUCCACUAAUUCAAAUAAUGUAAUUAUUUCACUAUUUUUAUAUUAUUAUUAUUAU